AGUGUCUCGAACGUCGUGCCAAACUUGGUAACAUUUAUAUAUAUUUUUUUUUCAUAAUUUAAAGUCAACGCAAAAAGCACGGGUGUAAGCUCCGUGGGAUUACAAAUAUAUAUAUCUCAUAAACACAAAAAAAAAAUAAACAAAAAAUAAACAAAUUAUGAAAGAUUAAAUUUCAUUUUUUUUAAAAUACUUUUAAUAAAUUUGCAUAAAUAAAUAAAUAAUUGAAAAAAAUUAUUUUAAUUGUUUAACAAAAAAAAAAAAAAAAAAAACGAGUUUAUUAAAAACUUUGUUUUUAUUUUUUCCUUCACAACAUCACAAACUUUUUAGUUGAAUGGAUAAUAAUGAAAAAAUUAAAUUAAAGCAAAAAAAGCAAGUUUAUCAAGUGAAGUUAAAUAAACUGUGAGUGAAUAUUUUUUUUUUUUUUUAUUGUAUUUGUUACAAAAAAAAAAAAAAAAAAAAAAAAGAAGAAAAAAAUCUAUUACAAUUUUUUCUUCUAUUAUUUAUUAUAGAUAGUUUAAACUGACAUAUGUAAAAUAUAUGAUAAAUAAAAAGGAAUAAAAAAAAAAAAAAAAAGAAAAAAUUAAAUUGAGGAAAUUGAAUAUUAAUAACAGCGAUUUGUUUGAGUUCAGGGAGAAACAAGACCCAAGUAGUUAAGUGCGUGUUUGUGAAUAAAAUAAAGUGUGUGAGGGGGCCCCCAGUGAGUGGGUGGCUAGUGAUUAUCUAUGUGCUGUAUGUUAAAAAAACUAUGAUCCUGUGAUUCGGCAUAUAUUAUAACCCGUUACGACGGUUAAAAUCACAGUGUGUGUAUAUAGUUGCACUUGGAUAAAACAUAGAACCAUGAAAAGCACCGCGAGACGCCGGAACUCGCGAUCCCUUGAUCUAUUGCUUCUUAUUCUUGCUGUUGCAACUGGUGUUAAUGGACUUCAAAAUGUCUCGGUGGACAUACCAGAAGCAGUUGCAGUUGGUUCAACUGUUAAUCUCACAUGCCGAUAUGAUCUUCAGGGUGAUGUUUUGUAUGCAGUCAAGUGGUACAAAGGAAAAGAUGAAUUUUACCGAUAUUUACCUAAAGAAAUGCCACCAAUAUCAACAUUUGGUGAUUUUAAACACAAAAUAAUUGAGUCUAGAAGUGAUGCUCACAAAGUAACCCUAGUUGAUGUCACCUCAGAUUUAGAUGGAAAAUAUAAAUGUGAAGUCACCAAUGAUUUGCCAAAUUUUCACACUCUUCAGACAUCCAAAUACAUGCAUGUUGCUCAUUUACCAGUUGGUGGUCCCGAGGUACUUGUUGAAAAACAACGAUAUGCUGUUGGUGAAAUUGUCAAAGCAAAUUGCACAACACCAUCUGGUAAUCCACCAGCAAAUAUAACAUGGACUGUUAAUGGCCAUUUGCUCAACUCAACAAUCCUGAAAAAUAUACAAGCCGAAAAUGACAAUUUUUCAAGUACAUAUGCACUAUUAGAGUACGAGAUAACCCAGGAUAGUUACAGAAAUGGCAGAGUACAGAUCACUUGUCAUGCAAAUGUCUUCCAGCUAUACAAAAGAGAUGCCAGUAUUCAUAUAGAUGAGGAAAAGCCGAGGUUAGCAUCUGUACUCGGUACACGUGAUUCUCCGCAAACUAAAGCCGGUGCUGUAAAGAACAAAAUUGCUCAGUCGCUCAUUGUAAUGUUGGUUGUUAAUUCGAUACAACAAGUCCUGAGAUAACAUCAAUGCGGGAGCAGAGUCUGAAUAUAUAUAUAUAUUUUUUUUUUCUUUUUAAGUGCAAAGGCUUAGAAACUGGAAAACUCAAUACAAGAAAAAUAAGAUUGAAAAAAAAUAAAAAUAAAAAUAGAGUGAGAGUAUGACUGUUGAGAGUGGUUGAAAAAAAUAUAGGUUUUUUUUUUUUUUUAUUCUUUUCAUUUUAUGCAAUGAUGUGCUGGAUUACAGCAAUGGCAAAUAACGAUUAAAUAAAAAUAACCUGCGAAUGAGCAAAAAAAAAAAAAUAUGUAUUAAAAAAAGAAAAAAACCUUUUCAUGUUGUUCUAGAAAAAAAAAUACGUUUUUUUUUUUCGAAAUAACAGCAAGAAAAAUAUGAUAAAAAAAUAAAAAAUAAAAUAAUAAUCAUAUUAAUAAUGAGACUUUGAAAAAUGAGCGAUAUGUUAUUCGUGUAAAUAGGAUAUGUAAUAAUUUAGCGAUAUUAUGUUGGCAUAUAUAUUAAGGGAAAAUGGAAAAUUCGUUCAUAUUAUCGAAUGAAAAAAAAUUGACAAUUUACAAUUGAGUAAUGUCAUAAUGUAUUAGA